GACCUGUGUUCCAAGUUUAGAAAUGCAUACCUGCUACCAUGAUAUUGACAAGUUGACUAGGUAUACGUAUAGGUAUAAGUACAAGUGUAUAAGCUUCAUAUCAUCCCAGUUCUAUAUCGUUGGCUUGCCAAAACUAUCUUUUCUUCCAAUUGUUGCCCCUCGAUGAAUUAUUAAACGAGAACAACCGUUCAACAUCACCAAUUAUGGAAAUUAUUGCUCCUCAAGUCAAUCAACCAAGUCCAUUGUUCGAGACUCGAGAGCCAGCUGUCUGUUUUAGGAUUCAAGGCUAUUUGCACAUGGUCAAAAAUCGAUUCCAAGAUGAACCACAGAUUUAUGAACACUUCAUAGAGACUAUUCAGAACUUUCAAGAAGAUGAGGAAAUGUCACGCGAAGAUUUUGAGGUGGCAAUUGGAGAGAUUUUGGAAGGACAUGAUGAUUUGAUUCAAGAGUAUCACCGAGUCCGAAUACUCUUUGACGAACGAGAAGCUUUCGAGCUAGCUAGGGCACAAGUAGAGGAGGGAGAAGAAGCAAGAGAAAAGAAAGAAGCGCUUCGAAAAAUCGCAAGCGCGGAAAGACAAGCAGCGCACAUACGAGCUUGCGAGGCGCAGAGCAAAUCUGUGCUACUGCAUCUCCCACGAGAAAUCCGAGAUACGAUUUGGAAAGAUGUUGUGCAGGGAAACAUUGUACAUAUUUCCCGGGUUGACGAUGCUUCUUCAUCUACAGUUACACCUUCAUCUUUUAUGUACCAUUCGUGCGUGGCGACCAAGGGGCUCGAAAGCUCGGCGUGUCCUGCGGGAGAAGGAGAUCAUGCGCUGUGUGCGAGGACCAGUCGUUCCGAUUUCCCUUCCUAUCGCCUGGUGUGCAAACAGAUGAAUCUAGAGCUUCCAGACGCGAGAGCAACUUUCUUUGCGAAAAAUGCGCUGCAUUUUGAUAAUUUGCUGGAUGCCGAGGAGUUUCUGUUUGGAUUGGAGGAGUGCGAUAGAGCGGCUAUCACGCAUCUCAGAUUACCGGUUCCGUAUUCCUUGGCUAUGAACAGAUAUGCUGAGGGAAUCGAGUUUAACGCCUGGGAAGCAAUUAUGAAUUAUUUCAGUUGUCCCUGGGUUCGAGAAACGCUCCGUCUUGAUGACGACAAUUCGAUGUUCUUGAAAAAACCAUGGUAUUUUUACUAUUCCUCCUGUUACUAUUACCACAACAGUGACCGCAUGUACAAAAAAUGGCAAGUUGGGUUCGGUAGCACAAGUUGGGAUGUGGAUAUUGCAUCUCUCCGCUACAAAGGCGAACCCAGAAUGGAUAUCGGGAUGAACUAUCCGGAAUCCGCGCAAAGCACCCUCUUCCGUCCCAGUCUCCACCAACACAUCCCUUUCACAACACAAUUUGACAACCCCCCACCAUGGCUACGUUCCCUCCUCCAAUUCCGCCAAUACUCGGGCUUGAAUUUUCAUUUCUGGGCCUCCAAUCCCACGUCUCAAGGGUAUGGCAUUGUGCGCGUUCCCCGAUACGAAGCGUUUAUAGAAGCCCUACAGGAAGAAGUAUCGCGCUCGGAAAUUGGACCUUGGAAACUCGUGGAGUUUAGAGGGGCGCCGUUUGGAAAUCCGGAUAGGUGCUCGCUGAGGAACUUGUAGGUGUUAGAAAUGAAGCACGAGCAGAGAGUAGUUGGUGUGAUGUAAUAUCAUAUGUAUCAGAAUCGGAGACUUGAAUGACUAUUCAUUUUGCGGAAAUCUGUUGAGAAAUCUUUCUUGUUAAAAAAACA